GUGUUGUGGACUCGUGGUGCUGGCUGCCGCUGUUGAGGCGGCCGGGAACGGGCGGUGGGGAGCGGGCGGAGCUGGCCUUGCCUCUGCCUGGCCGGCGCCGCAGUAGGCGCGGGCCGCGCCCGCCGCCGUAAAUUGCCCUGAGCGCCUGCUGAGGCCGAGGGAGACGUCGGGGCCUGCACCUGGAGAGAGCCUGCCGCGCUGGCCCCGAGGAGGGGGCGUUGCCAUGGCGACAGCCUCUCCCGCCGCUGACGGGGGGCGGGGGCGGCCCUGGGAAGGAGGGCUGGUCUCCUGGCCCCCUGCCCCUCCCCUUACUCUACCCUGGACUUGGAUGGGUCCGAGUUGGGGGCAACACCCUGGGCAUUGGGGCUUUCCAGCUCUCACAGAACCUUCAGCAUCCCCAGCUGGCAGUCUUGGCAUCUUCGAAGUAAGGAGAGUUUUAGAUGCUUCUGGAUGUUCAAUGCUAGCACCUUUACAGACUGGAGCAGCUCGAUUUUCUUCAUAUUUACUUUCAAGAGCAAGAAAAGUGCUGGGCUCCCACUUAUUUUCUCCUUGUGGUGUUCCGGAGUUCUGCUCCAUAUCCACCAGAAAACUGGCGGCCCACGGCUUUGGCGCAUCCAUGGCGGCAAUGGUGCCCUUCCCUCCCCAGAGGUAUCACUACUUUUUAGUGCUGGACUUUGAGGCCACGUGUGACAAGCCGCAGAUUCAUCCUCAGGAAAUUAUCGAGUUCCCCAUCCUGAAGCUAAAUGGUCGAACCAUGGAGAUUGAGUCUACCUUUCACAUGUAUGUCCAGCCCGUAGUCCAUCCACAGCUUACUCCCUUCUGUACAGAGAAAGUUUCCCCCCGGGACUCAACAUACUUAAUUUGGAGGGCAGGAGUCAUGCUCACUGGGAUUAUUCAAGCUAUGGUGGAUGGUCAGCCAAGCCUGCAGCAAGUGCUGGAGAGGGUUGAUGAGUGGAUGGCGAAAGAAGGCCUCUUGGAUCCAAACGUCAAGUCAAUUUUUGUCACCUGUGGAGACUGGGACUUGAAAGUCAUGCUCCCAGGUCAGUGCCAGUACCUGGGCUUACCAGUGGCGGAUUACUUCAAGCAGUGGAUUAAUCUGAAAAAGGUGUCUGAUCCUGAAGGCCUGGUGGAGCAGGCUUACAGCUUCGCCAUGGGCUGCUGGCCCAAGAAUGGACUUCUAGACAUGAACAAGGGCCUCAGCCUGCAACACAUAGGCCGGCCCCACAGCGGCAUUGAUGACUGCAAGAACAUUGCCAACAUCAUGAAGACACUUGCGUAUCAAGGCUUCAUCUUCAAGCAGACAUCGAAGCCGUUCUGAUUGGCCGAGGACGGGAUGGGGCAGGACAGGGUAGCUGCUUGGCCCAGCCCAGAACCCUCCUUUCCCUCACCAGAGGGGAAAAGGGAGAGUGGCACAGCUCUACAUCCAGAGUGUCCCCCAGCCUGCCCUGUGGGCUUGUGCCCGGGGUAAGGGCUUGGCCACUUGGCCCCUCUGGAGCAGACACUUUGUGGCCCCCAUCCCAACUCCCCAACCUCAGCCCAGUAUUAGCCCCUCCCAUUGUGGGCCUGGGCUAGGGGGACCCAGGCACUCACCGCCUCCUCCCUGGUACACAGGCUUCUGCCGGGGCCACUAGGCCCCCCUGUGCCCCCUCCCAUCUGUAGUGCAUGGUGUGUGGUGCCCCCAGGGCUCCAGGACAGAUCAGGCCCCACCUUGUGUCUACCCCCAUCCCCGCCGUGAACGUGCCACUGAAUAAAGUCGGGGAAACGAG